AUGAAAACUGGGUGUCAGAACAGAGACCCGUCUGAUCAGAGUCAGGAAGAUGGCUUGUCUGUGGCUAACGAUAGGCAGUCUGCAGCCCCAGCGGCCGUAGUCAACUCCAAGACGCCAGACAAGAACCGCCACAAAAAACCCAAAGACAUGAAGCCUAAGGUGAAGAAGCUGAAGUACCACCAGUACAUCCCUCCGGACCAGAAGGCCGAGAAGUCCCCGCCUCCCAUGGACUCAGCCUAUACCAGGCUCCUGCAGCAGCAACAGCUCUUCCUACAGCUACAAUCCAGUCAGCAGCUGAUGGUGUGUAGCUCCAGUUUUCCUACUAACACAGUCAACAGUAGCUCCUUGUCUUCAGUGAAGACCACAUACUCCGGUCAAACCAACGUCUCACCAGUCAAACCCGCUCCUCUCCCACCUAACCUGGAUGACCUGAAGGUGUCGGAGCUCAGACAGCAGCUGCGUAUCCGGGGCAUGCCAGUCUCAGGAACCAAGAUGGCCCUCAUCGAGAGACUCUGUCCCUUUAAGGACCACACCUCAAGCCCCUCCCAUUCAGGCUCUAAUGACAUCAGCACGGCCACCUUCCCUGUCACCCCCACGGGGUCCCUGUCCUCCUACCAGUCCCCCUCCUCCUCCAGCACCCUCUCCCAGGGGGGGUAUUACCCCUACCCCAGCACUUCCUCCACCCCACCCAUAUCCCCCGCUUCCUCAGACCUCUCCCUCAGCGGCUCACUCCCAGACAGCUUCAGCGGCAUGCCCAUGUCCUCCUCUCCACUGUUUUGCAUCCAGCCGUCCCCAGGCCACCUCAGCGCUGAGGAAAGCCAGGGGGGAGGGGGUUUGAGCGGGGUAGGACUGCAGGGAGGGGAGGUUGGAGGAAUGGAGCGGGAGAAGGAGAAGAUUUUGGUGGAAAAACAGAAAGUGAUUGAGGAGCUGACGUGGAAGUUGCACCAGGAACAGAGACAGGUGGAGGAGCUCAAGAUGCAGCUGCACAAGAGGAAGCGUUGCCAUGGUGCCACACAGGAGGGUGUACUGGCUCCAUCCCAGCCCCACCACCUUCCCCUCCAGCAAUCCCCGUCCCUGAUGGGGCAGCACUUCUUUGGGGUGACAGUCAAGCAGGAGCCCAUGUCCCUCUCCUCCAGCUGUCCCUUCUCCUCCCCCAAGCACCUAAAGAGUCCUCCAGGAAGCUGCAUGGAGGGGAUGGGCCAUUGCGGUGCCUCCCUGCCCAGUAUGGGGGGCCCUGGUGGGCCACGAUGCCUGGAUCAGACCCCCUCCUCUGGAAGUCCCUCAGGCAUGUGUGCCUUCCUGAGCCCCCAGUGCUCUCCUGAAGACUCGCCCAUCACGAAGACGUCCAACAGCCCCCAGCCUUCCUCCCCCAACAACCCCUACCUGCUGUCACUGCCGCUGGGCAGAGACGGGUGCAGCCAUCCCCUCAACCAGGCCAGCACCAGGCCCUGCAACAUGCAGAUUCCCCAGAAGAAUGAAGGCCAGGCUGUAAACGGCUCCUAUCCCUCUGACCAGAGAGGCCUUCAGUCAGCGCUCCCCAACUCAGCCGACAACAGCCUGAACCACAGGGUCAACCUUAAGUCCAAGAACCCAAAUAUGCAGCAGAAGAUACCUAUAUUGCCCUGUCCCCAGCACGUUGGCCAAAAGUGCCCGGUCUCGUCCCCCGCCUUCUGUAGCUCAGAUUCAGCUGCAUCUAGACAGCCCCCUUGCUAUGAGGAUGCAGUCAAGCAGCAACUGACCAGAAGUCAGCAGAUGGAUGAGCUUCUGGAUGUGCUCAUAGAGAGUGGAGUGUCCCCUGGAACCACCGACCUUGCCGACCCAAAGUUCCACCAAAGACACUACGAACACCUGUCCCCCUCCCAGCUCAAUUAUGACCACACAGCCAAUCACAUUGCAGACAGCCACCUGGAGACCCUGCUGGGAAGCCCCCUAGGCCGAGGGGGUGAGGUCGCCCUUCUCAAGAUGGCCGCAGAGGAAUCAGGGCAGGGAGAGGAGGGGGAUAUUGGACUAGAGGGCUACCCCGGUCCGAACCACCACCACCAGGACAAACUGCUCUCCAACAGGGGCCUGAUGGAAACCCCAACACCUCAAUCUCCCAUCCACUCCAAAGUGACGUCCGUGGCCGAGGUGCAGGGGAUGGUCGGCAUGACGUUUAGCGAGUCGCCGUGGGAGACGAUGGAAUGGCUGGACCUGACGCCCCCGAGCUUGGCUAUGGGAUUCAGCUCUGUCCCUCCCACCGGGUCAAGCAUCUUCAACACAGAGUUCCUGGAUGUUACAGACAUCAACCUGAAUACAGCCAUGGACCUUCAUCUAGAGCACUGGUGAAACACCGGAGACUAGCUAUGGACCAGCUAGCCACUAUCUGGCUAGCAACCUACAAAAAUAACAAUAUUUUAUCAAUUUUGCAGACGCUCUUUUCCAGAGUGACUUACAGGAGCAAUUAGGUGCCUUGCUCUGAUUUUUCAAUGAGUCGGCUCAGGGAUUCAAACCAGCAACCUUUUGGUUACUGGCCCUACGCUCUUAACCGGUGGGCUACAUGCCAGCCCCCAACACAGCAGGAUACAAGCUAGCUACCUAGAAAACACAACAAGAGACUAUAGUGUCUAGCUACUAGCUAGCUACCUAGAAAACACAAGAGACUAUAGUGUCUACUAGCUAGCUACCUAGAAAACACAACAAUAAACUAGUGUCUACUAGUUAGCUACCUAGAAAACACAACAAGAAACUAUAGUGUCUACUAGCUAGCUACCUAGAAAACACAACAAGAAACGAUAGUGUCUAUUAGCUAGCUACCUAGAAAACACAAUAGACUAUAGUGUCUAGCUACUAGCUAGCUACCUAGAAAACACAACAAUAGACUAUAGCGUCUAGCUACUAGCUAGCUACCUAUAAAACACAACAAGAAACUAUAGUGUCUACUAGCUAGCUACCUAGAAAACACAAGAGACUAUAGCGUCUAGCUAGCUACCUAGAAAACACAAGAGACUAUAGUGUCUCCUAGCAAGCUACCUAUAAAACACAAUAGACUGUAGUGUCUACUAGCUAGCUACCUAUAAAACACAACAAACUAUAGUGUCUACUAGCUAGCUACCUAGAAAACAUAACAAGAGACUAUAGUGUCUAGCUACUAGCUAGCUAAGCUACCUAAACACAACAAGAGACUAGUGUCUAGCUAGCUACCAAGAAAACAACAAGAUACUAUAGUGUCUACUAGCUAGCUACCUAGAAAACACAACAAGAAACUAUAGUCUACUAGCUAGCUACCUAGAAAACAUAAGAGACUAUAGCUACUAGCUAGCUAAGCUACCUAAACACAACAAUAGACUAUAGUGUCUAGCUAGCUACCAAGAAAACAACAAGAUACUAGUGUCUACUAGCUAGCUACCUAGAAAACACAACAAGAGACUAUAGUGUCUACUAGCUAGCUACCUAGAAAACAAAAGAGACUAUAGCUACUAGCUAGCUAAGCUACCUAAACACAACAAUAGACUAUAGUGUCUAGCUAGCUACCAAGAAAACAAGAUACUAGUGUCUACUAGCUAGCUACAUAGAAAACACAACAAGAGACUAUAGUGUCUACUAGCUAGCUACCUAGAAAACACAACAAUGGACUAUAGUGUCUAGGUACUAGCUAGCUACCUAGAAAGCACAACAAUAUACUAUAGUGUCUAGCUGCUAGCUAACUACCUAGAAAACACAACAAGAAACUAUAGUGUCUACUAGCUAGCUACAUAGAAAACACAACAAGAGACUAUAGUGUCUACUAGCUAGCUACCUAGAAAACACAACAAGAGACUAUAGUGUCUACUAGCUAGCUACCUAGAAAACAAAAGAGACUAUAGCUACUAGCUAGCUAAGCUACCUAAACACAACAAUAGACUAUAGUGUCUAGCUAGCUACCAAGAAAACAAGAUACUAGUGUCUACUAGCUAGCUACAUAGAAAACACAACAAGAGACUAUAGUGUCUACUAGCUAGCUACCUAGAAAACACAACAAUGGACUAUAGUGUCUAGGUACUAGCUAGCUACCUAGAAAGCACAACAAUAUACUAUAGUGUCUAGCUGCUAGCUAACUACCUAGAAAACACAACAAGAAACUAUAGUGUCUACUAGCUAGCUACAUAGAAAACACAACAAGAGACUAUAGUGUCUACUAGCUAGCUACCUAGAAAACACAACAAUAGACUAUAAUGUCUAGCUACUAGCUAGCUA